AUGGCCAAGACUUUUUCGUACAGGAGGCAGGAGGUUGUCAGAGACAAGCCCCUGAUUGCAGAGUUCAAGCUCAGAUGGCCAGGACCAUUCACUGUGGCCGAGAAAUAUGAGGUGUUGUAUGUGAGUAUUUGCAGUCCUAAAGUAUUUCUGUAUUUACUACAUGGAGCAGAGGAAGAAAUCAGUCAGGCCAUUCUUACAGAUCCCGACCCACCAGACUGGGUCCCACAAGAUGCCACAGAACAGUUGGAUGAACCCUCAUCAGCCCCAGUUGAACCACCAAUUGGACCAGUAGCUCCACCAGAUCCCCAGCAAACACUGGCUCCACCUGAUCCCCCAGCAGCCCCAACUGGACCACUAAUGGCCCAACCAGACCCACCAGUAGCAGUGGCUACAUUUUAUCCCACAGCAACCUCGGCUACAUCAGUGAAGUCCCUGACUAGGCCACCAGCAGCCCCAACUGGACCAUCAACAUCUGGACCCCAUUCCUCAGUGGGAACUCCAGCAGCCCCAGUUUCUUUAGAAAAAGAUGACAUUGUGGAAGAAGGCUGUUCAGCUCCCAGUGCAGUGCUGCGACGGAAGAGGAAAGGGACAAAAAUUGAAGCUGGUGGAGUGGGAGCCGUGCAAACUCUGUGGAAAGGACUGGCCUUUGGAGUGGGUGCCGGAGAAAGACACCACUUUCUAAUGUUGCCAAAGUGCAGAACGGACUGCAGUGCCCUUGUGUUUGUCAUGUUGUUUUAUUUGUUUGUUCUUCACUGUCGCCAAUUAUUGCCACUUGAAGCAAUGAGUCCAGACCUCUGA